UGGCCCGUUUAGAGAUUUUGUCAUGGUAUUAAACCAGAACAAGCUGGAAAAGGUCACGUUUAGAGAUUUAAAAUUGAUUUAACUUUUGGAGUUCUUGAUUUCAAUAUUGCAACAUGUACUGGAUUUGGGGGGGUGAAUGCAAAGUUUAACACCAGUGCCGCAAAUCAAGACUCCACUUCAUUGGGGGAAAAAAAUGAACUGGACCCCCUCAAAUAACCGCCGCCCGUGACUUCUCAUCUCAAGUAGGCUGUGACUAAGAAGAAAAACUUGUGACGUCCCUGGACCAGUACUCCAUUCAAGAUCCAAAGCAAAAACCCAUCAGUCGAACUGAACUUAGCUGUCUGUGAACUCUGUAGACAUUUCCACAGCAUUAGAAACUUUCACAUGAUAACCCGACAGAGCUUAGCUUACUUCUUCAAUUCCGGAAUUUGGAGGUUGGAAUUUGGUUUAGAUGGCUCAUAUGAGUAGUUUUGUGGCGCCUAUGCGGGCCUCGUGAACCAACUGGAACUCAACAAACCAAGGAAAUUAAUCCACCUUUUUCUCCUUCACCAUUUCCUUGUUUGCUUGUUUGGUUGCCGGGAAAACAAUCCGCAUUCACUGCGUCUGAUCUGUUUGCAGUUGACCGGUCUCUGCAUGAAUGAAAUAAAGUGGUGAGAAGACGCAGCUUGAUAUAAGAGACGACCCCCCUUGUAUCUUCUCGGCGUAUUUCCAGAGAGGUCUAAGAAUGUCUUGGUUUCUGACCAUAAUUCUUCUCUGCUCCACAUUUAAUGGCCUUUCGGAGGCCAGGCAUGGAAAGAGGCUUCCAUCCGCAGUUGUUGUCGGCACUGUUUACUGCGACACAUGCCUCCAAGCUGAUGUCUCGAAGUCCAGUCACUUCAUCUCAGGCGCGGUGGUUGCGGUGGAAUGCGGCGGAACCGGCGGAAAACCGAGUUUCAGGGGGGAGGUGAAAACCAACGAGCACGGAGAAUUCAGAGUUCGUCUGCCGUUUCCGGUGAGCAAGCAUGUCAAGAAAAUCAAAGGCUGUUCGGUGAAGUUGAUCAGCAGCAGCGAGCCGUACUGCGCCCUAGCCUCGACCGCGACUUCUUCGUCUUCGCUCCAUCUCAAUUCGACAAAGCAAGGAAUUCGCAUUUUCUCGGCCGGUUUUUUCACCUUCAAGCCUCUGAAACGGCCCAUGCUGUGUAAUCAGAAGCCGAGCGUUGAGGACUCCAUCGAAUUUGGUUCCCCUAACGCUCCGGCGUUCCCAACGCCGGCGCAGGACCCUCCGAUGCCGUUUCUACCACCCGGAGAUCAGUUCCAAAUGCCGCCUCUGCCGGGACUUCCCCAGCUUCCGCCAUUGCCGCAGCUUCCGCCGUUGCCUCCGCUUCCUGGAAUUCCAAACUUCCCACCGGCCCCAAACGGAAACCCAGCACCGCAACAGCUACUCCACCCAAUGCCACUGAUUCCGUUGCUCCCGCCGCCGUCGUUUGGGGCUCCGCUGCCGAGCAAUCCAUUUCAACCAUCACCUCCAGUGCUGCCUCCGAACCCUGCCUUACCGCCAUUGACCAUUGCGCCGCCGCUACCUGCAGGUUCAUCAAGUCCUCCAACCCUGACGCCGCCCUUAUUAACGCCUCUUCCUCCGUUCCCUUUUGAGCCAUCUCCCGGAUUUCCUGGCUUUCCACCUUCUUCUUCUUCUUCUUCUUCUUCUCUUCCUCCUUCCAAGAAAAUCUCUCCUUGACCAAACAAACAAACAAAAAAUAUAUCCAUGCAUGUAAAUUAGGUGUUAACAGUAACUGUCAGUUGUAACUCGCCUUCCUGUUUUCUUACUACUAUUUUCUCCCUUUUGGUGAUGACUAGAUGUUCGUGAUCGUGACCGUAUUUAUCAGAACAAUCUACCGGUUGUUUGUGGAAUAUAUAUAAAGCUUGUUAUAAUACUUGAGAAUAGCGUCAAUUUAAACGAUUCAUU